CAAAGGAGGAGAUAUCAGGACGGGCAACUAAAAGCUUGGUCAAAGAGGAAAUGAUGGCGUUGGAGGGUUUAAGCAGUUGGCAUUAGUUCCAGGCCACUUGAGAAAACAGAAAACCAGCAGCUCAUCCUGUUCUCGAAUCUAGAUCUGCCUGCACUUUCGUCAAUGGAAUCCCUGCUCUUCGGGCUAUUUUUACUGCUGUCAGUGCAUGUCACAGCCAUGAAAGAACAUCGCAGAAGGCAAGCAAGAAGCGUUUUCGAGCUGGUUGGAAUGAUUCAGUGUAGCACCGACCGCUCGGUUUCUUACCUCAUGUAUGGUUGCUACUGCGGAAUUGGAGGGAAAGGAUGGCCACGGGAUGGCACAGAUUGGUGCUGUUUUUCUCAUGACUGCUGCUACGAGAAAGCAGAGAAAAUUGGUUGUCAUCCCAAAGCAGAGAGUUAUGACUGGUAUUGCAAAUAUGGUACUCCUAGAUGUGGGAUCUUCUUGGACCAUUGCGAAAGGAUGACUUGUGAAUGUGACAUGAAGUUAUCAAACUGCUUGAAGAAAACUGCAUACCAGAAGAGAUAUGCACUGUGGCCCAAUUUCCUUUGUGGAAGGAGAAAACCACAAUGUUAA